CUCGACAACUUAGAGUAAGAGUAAACCUGGAAGCUUAUUUAUUAAGAAGCUUUCAAGGAACGACCUCUAGGGCUGUACUUGCCUUUCGACACUGCCGAAUUCAUCAUCUACGUUAUUUCUGUGUCAUUUUAUCUACACCCAAAGCAACCGGUACUGGUCACCCCGGUUAUAUAUCAUGGCGCCACCAAAGAAGUUGUCAAUUCCAAUAGAAAUAUUGAGAAAACUUGAUGCUCAGAAACCCACGACCUCAACGGGAGGAAAGGGGAGCACGAAACAAGUGUCGAGAAAAGAGCAGCGCAAGGCGCAAAGAAUCGAAAAGAAGCAAAAGCAAAGUGCUCCACAGCAGGUUAAGCAGGUCAAGUCACAAGAGCCACCACGUUCAAAUCCUGCCAAUGUCAAGCAGCAAUAUCGAAAACAGCCUGCGAAUGAGGAUUGGGGCCGCGUUGUGAAUGCAGAUGACCUCGAUGAUGACUCUGUCUCAGACUUGGACGGGAACGGGAGUGAUGACGGAGCAAGCGAGAUGGGUGACGAAGGGAGUCAGGAAGCACCAGCAUCAUCUAAAGCAGAGAAACGGAAAUCGAUGCCAGAAGACGCUGAGAUCGCCGCCUUGGAAAGGAAACUCGGCUUAAAAAGGGGCAAGAAGUCCAAAGCAAUCGACGAAGACGGGCUUGGAGACCUGCUGGAUGGUCUGGAAGGCGAAAGUGACGACGGAGAAGCCCCAGCCAAGGGGAAGCAUAAGCGCAAAGCCGAGGCAGAUGAUAAUUGGCUAGCACAAAAGCGACGAAAAGCCAAUAAUGCCGCCGCUGCCGCCGCUGCUUCCAGAGCUGCUGCCAUGGAAGAAGAUGACGAGUCCCAUGAUUCCGAGUAUGACGAAGAUGAUAACAAGAACGAUGGAUUCUCGGAUCUAGCAAUCUCAGACUUCGACGACGACGACACUGAUGGUGAUCUGGGCAGCUCAAGGGACGAAGAUGACGACGGCGGGUUCGAUGGCUUUUCUGAUUCUGAUGACGAUGAAGAGCGAAACUCUGCCGAAUAUCCAGCUCCUCAUGAACGUGAAAACCCUUAUGUUGCUCCCACAACGGGGGUAGCCAAAUACGUUCCGCCAUCACUUCGCCAACAGUCAGGGUCGAACGAAGAAGUCGACGCUCAGCUACGACGGCGUGUGCAGGGUCUCAUCAAUCGACUGACCAACGAGAGUAUGGUUGGCAUCAUCAAAGACUUGUCGGGGCUUUACGACAAUUUUCCUCGACAGAGCGUCACCUCCACGUUGAUCGACCUGGUCAUUUCUCUCGUCUGUUCGCCUGAAAAACGACCAGACGGAUUCUUCACAAUGAUUGCAGGCUUUGCUUCUGGUUGCCAAAGAGCAUUGGGUACGCAUGUUGCCGCCAACUUGCUUCAGCGACUCGUCGAAGUCUUCAAAGAACACCAUAACAGAGCCUCUGGAGACCAUUCGGAUUCCGCAUCAAAGCACAUGAUUUCCCUGCUGGCCGAGCUCUACAACAUGCAGGUCAUUGGUCCGAACUUGAUGUUCGAUUAUAUCCGUCUAUUUCUGGCCAAUUUGGACGAGCUCAACACCGAGCUACUUCUACGCAUUGUGAACAUAUGUGGUCCUUCUCUCAGACGUGACGAUCCCCAUUCCUUGAAGGAUAUUGUCAACCAGAUGAAUCCAUCCAACUUCAAGAAUAUCUCCAUCAGAACGAGCUUCAUGCUCGAAGAGAUGAAGAAACUCCACAACAACAAGUCCAAGGCAGCAGGCCGUAAUAAGGACAUUGCGGAGCAGCGUACUCAAAUCCGGAAGCGAAUCGGAAUUUUGCAGGGCCACAGUGACUCUCAACCUCUUCGAGUUGGUCUCAAGGAGAUUGAAAACGCAGACAAGUACGGAAAAUGGUGGGUUGUUGGCGCGAGCUGGUCCGGCAACCGUGAGAACGACCCGGGGCAAAAGGACUCAGAUGCAACCAAGGGACCUGACGACGUCUCUGACUUGGGUGAUGACGACUUUUUUGGAAUCCCGGACCUGUGGCAGCUCGCCCGCGAACAAGGCUUCAACACCGAUGUACGCCAGCGCAUCUUCGUCGCUCUCCACGCAGCAACGGAUUUUGAGAACGCAGAGCUGCUCAUACGCAAAUUGCGACUCAACAAACACCAGAGAAAGGAGGUGCCCGAGGUCAUUGUGCGCAGUGGUGAGAGGCAGGGCAUAUACAAUCGAUACUACUUCCUUGUAGCCACGCGAUUCUGCGGCGAUCGAGAGCUGGGCUUCCAAUUCCGACGGAGCUUGACAACUCGCUUCCGGAAGAUGGGCGAGGAUAUCGACACUGGAGACAAUGAUUACAACGACGGCGAUGAUGAAGAGGAUUAUGAGUCGCGCUGGUUGUACAAUGUGGCGCGCUUCUAUGGAUCUCUGGUGGCCAACAGAAAUCUGGGACUCGAUAUCCUCAAGUACCGCAACCUGGCCGCGUUGCGGGAGAAAUCACAGUUGUUCGUCGAGGUGCUACUCAUCACCGUGCUCAAGGAGUCCAAGAGUGAAACCCUGCAGAAAAUAUUUGGGUCUUUGGAAACGGACUUGGCAAGGUCGGUGCAGUAUUUUCUGAAGAAGUAUAUCAGAAAGACGGAUUUACUGGAGAAGGAGGAGAAAAGGCUCGUCAAGAAGAAGUGCCAGGAGGCCGCCGGGGUUUUGGAGGCGUCACUGUCGGCAGCGGCUACGGAGUAGCUGUGGUGUUAACCGCGACGAUAUGAAACUGGCUGCCGCGGCCGUCAUGAUAGAUCCAUUGAUAUCCAUUUUACAUAGGGUUAUUUUAAAAGCAAGCUUGUGUCAGCGUUGCGGAAGAAAAUC